ACACACACACACACACACAGAGAGUGAGUUAGUGAGGAUCUCAGUGCGCAGUGCGGAGCUGAAAACAUGAGCAGCCUUGCAUUGAUUAUCAGUGUUCGUGCAUGAUGCAUUAGACACACACAGGUGUGAUUUGGCGGAGAUCGUGUGUGCGAUGCGCUCUUCGCGGGGGAAAGUGUCUUCAUGAGUGUCCAAAGUAACAGCAACAGCAGUGGAAGUUUGGACGGAGCGCCAUCUUGCUCUCAGUUCUCGACUGGAUCUCCGACCCCGGGCUCAGUUUCUCCGCUCGAUAUCUGCGCUCAGAGGAGGCAUAAAGAAGGAAUGGAUGAGCUGCAUUCCCUGGAUCCACGUCGGCAGGAGCUCUUGGAGGCACGUUUCAUCGGGGCAGUUAGUGGAAACACAGGAGGAAGCACAGGGAGCGCGAGUGGGGGACCUAAAGGUUUGAACAAUAACGAAUGUUCUAGUCACAGUUUUGGCAGCCUGGGGUCAUCUAGUGACAAGGAGUCUGAGAACUCUGACAUAAAGAAAGGAGGAUCGCCUGCCUAUUCAACUCCAGAGAAGAAGCACUCCGAGUCAUCCAGGGGAAGAAAGAGGAAGGUUGAUAACCAAUCAGAGAGCAGUCAAGGAAAGUCUUCCGGGCGAGGGCCCAAGAUCAGCGAUUAUUUUGAUUUCCAAGGAGGAAACGGAUCAAGUCCAGUCAGGGGUCUUCCUCCGGUCCUGCGCUCGCCACAGAACUCUCACUCUGCACCUGGGGCUAUCGUCAGACAGAACAGCUCCUCACCCACCAGCCUGUGUUUCAUGGAUCACAUGAUGAAUUCAAAACAGAUUAGCAGCAGAAGUGUCCAGACGGAUUUGACACUGUUGAAACUGGCUGCACUUGAGAGCAAUAAGAAUCUUGACCUUGAGAAGAAAGAGGGCAGAAUAGAUGAUCUACUCAGGGCGAACUGUGACCUCCGCAGACAGAUCGAUGAGCAACAGAAGCUGCUGGAACGUUUCAAGGAGCGUCUGAACAAAUGCACUACGAUGAGUAAAAAACUCCUCAUUGAGAAGAGCACUCAAGAGAAGCAGUCCUGCCGGAAAAAGAGCAUGCAGGACCGGCUGCGUCUGGGGCACUUCACCACAGUCCGGCACGGAGCGUCCUACUCAGAACAGUGGACAGAUGGAUAUGCCUUCCAGAACCUGGUCAAGCAGCAAGAGUGGGUAAACCAGCAGAGGGAAGAGAUUGAGAGGCAGCGGAAACUUCUAGCAAAGCGCAAACCUCCCAGCACACCCUCCUCCCAGAGCCCGACCCCCAAUGAGUCCAAACAGAGAAAGACCAAAGCAGUCAAUGGAGCUGACAACGACCCCUUCCUCAAACCCAGCCUGCCUACGCUAUUGACUGUGGCAGAGUAUCAUGAGCAAGAAGAAAUUUUCAAACUGAGACUGGGUCAUCUUAAAAAGGAGGAGGCAGAGAUUCAGGCGGAGCUGGAACGGUUGGAGCGCGUGAGGAAUCUGCACAUUCGAGAACUUAAAAGAAUCAACAAUGAGGACAGUUCUCAGUUUAAAGACCAUCCGACCCUUAAUGAAAGGUAUCUUCUGUUACACUUGCUGGGAAGAGGAGGUUUCAGUGAAGUUUAUAAGGCAUUCGACCUGUUCGAGCAACGAUAUGCUGCUGUGAAGAUCCAUCAGCUCAACAAGAACUGGAGAGAAGAGAAGAAAGAGAACUACCACAAACAUGCCUGUAGAGAAUACAGAAUCCACAAGCAACUGGACCAUCCCAGAAUAGUCAAACUUUACGACUACUUUUCUCUGGACACUGACACAUUCUGCACUGUUCUCGAGUUCUGCGAGGGGAAUGAUCUUGAUUUCUAUCUGAAGCAACACAAGCUGAUGUCUGAGAAAGAGGCUCGCUCCAUCAUCAUGCAGAUAGUCAACGCCCUCCGAUACCUCAAUGAGAUCAAACCGCCCAUCAUCCACUACGACCUGAAACCGGGAAAUAUCCUGUUGGUGGAUGGAACAGCAUGUGGGGAGAUUAAGAUCACAGACUUUGGCCUGUCUAAAAUCAUGGACGACGACAGCUACGGAGUGGACGGGAUGGACCUGACAUCACAGGGAGCCGGAACCUACUGGUAUUUGCCACCAGAGUGUUUUGUUGUUGGUAAAGAGCCUCCAAAGAUCUCUAAUAAAGUAGAUGUGUGGUCUGUGGGCGUCAUCUUCUUCCAGUGCCUGUAUGGACGAAAGCCGUUUGGCCAUAAUCAGUCGCAGCAAGACAUCCUUCAAGAGAACACCAUCCUGAAAGCCACCGAGGUGCAGUUUCCUGCCAAACCCGUGGCUAGCAAUGAGGCCAAGGCGUUUAUCCGCCGCUGUCUGGCUUACAGAAAGGAGGACCGGUUCGACGUCCACCAACUGGGCAGUGACUCGUACCUCCUUCCUCACAUGAGACGGUCCAAUUCGUCGGGGAACUUGCAGGCCACGCCCGCCAGCCCUGCCUCUUCAGGAAUAAUCUCCUACUGAUCUCAUUGGCUGAUAGAUCGUGAUUGACGGUUCUGAUGGUGAUUUCCCUCCCUUCGACACCUCGGGGUGGACCGGAAGGGGGAGGAGCUAUGUAUCAGCUGACAGGCUGUAGGACACACCCACCCACACCGGCCACAGUGACUGCCAUUGAUAUUGGGGCAGGAAUGACUGAUGUCAUUUCCUGUGUGGAUCCAGAUGUCAGUCAGAGCUAGAACCAUUUGAAAAUGGAUAUUUGUUUUUUUUUUACCCAAGGCAUUUUGUGGAGUAGAUUUGGGAGGGUUGCGCUAACGUGUUAGCUUCUUGUUGAUAUCCUCCCUGAGCUACGCCUCAGUAAAGGGGUGUUUUGUUUUGUGUAAGUGUGAAAUUUAGAGGCAAUUAAUUGUAGUGUGAUUGGAAAUAGACGAACGAGUGUUUUAAUGUGGCACAAAGGUGUCUAAGAAUUUGUGUGUGUGCACCAGAGAAUGGAUGUUUUACGCCACAGCGUUAUAUGUUGGCUGUUCAUAACAUACAUGUGUGUUGGCCACAGAUUGCAAGGUGUGUGUGUGUGUGUGUUACAAAGUACUGUCUGUUUCACUUCAAAGCAACAUUUAAGAACAUUGUCAGCUUAUGUUUAAAUGGGCGCAAUAUUU